UGAGAAAGAUGAGUUGAUGAAGGCGCCUGUGAUACUCACCUCACCCGUCGUAGACAUCUUGCCUAAUCAUGUUACUCAUCUCAACAACGUCAUCCCCCCGCCCCCUUUGGAGAACGAGGUCCUCCUGCGUGACAAAGGGGGAGGAGGCGGAGGAGGAGGGAUAGGAGGACGGAGGGAGGGGGACGUCGUGGGCAGCACCCGCUCCAUCUACCCGAACGGCCUGGCUCCGCUCGCCUGCUCCGACUCGCCCUCCUCGAGGUCGUCGCGCUCCUCGUCCUCCACGGUGGCCCUCAACCCCGACUACCUGGCGAAGGCCCUGGAGGAGGUGGCCAUGACCCCCCUGCCGCCCUCGGGUCGUGGGGUGGUGCCGCAUGAGAGCACGGUGUAAUACAAAGGGAAGGAAGGAAAAAGGACGAAAGAAAGAAAGAGAAAAAUGAGAAAAUGUCCCCCUUCUGCAGGAGAGCCGAGUAUGCGAGGCGAGGGCUGUCUCGCUGUACUCCUCGUCUAUCCUCUCCUGACGAAAACAGAUGACGAACCAUUAACAUUAAAGUGUUCUCUGUUAGAAUGUUAGGUGGAUUGUAACUUAAUAUCAAUGUGUUUUAUAUAUAUAUAUAUGUAAUGCACACACACACACACACACACACACACACACACACACACACACACACACACACACACACACACACACACACACACACACACACACACACACACACACACUCACUCACACCCAGACUUUCACUCACACACGUACACAAAACCAAUCUCGUACUUAUAUGACUACUUGAGUACUUGACGAACGUGACCAAAGUAGACUCUGAGAGCAAAGACGGAAGUAAUUCUGCAGGAUUCGCCAAAGAAUUGUAUCAUAGAAACUAUACUUUAUAAAACGAUGAUAACAUAUCCACAGCGUCUAGAAACAAUAACUAGCACAAUAAAAAAGUGUUGGUAAAUAAUAUAGUGUGAAAAGAAAGUGCCACCUUCGGUAAAUUGUGAUAUGUGUUUUGUGUGUGAAUAAAAUAAGACAAAAACCGUGGUCUGUGACGUCAGAGGAAGCCACUCUACUCAGUGUGUUUUUUGUUGACAGUUUGAGGAAAAUAAUUUUGUUAUUGAUUAGAUGUUACUAAUAUUUUGCCAUUUGAAUGCUGUACUGCUUAUAGUACUUUUGUUAUAUGAUAUAGAAUAUUCAUUGUAAAUUAUAGAUCAUAUCUUUGUCUUAGCAGAUGUAUAUAAAUAGAUUGACAAAGAGAGAGAGAGAGAGAGAGAGAGAGAGAGAGGAGAGAGAGAGAGAGAGAGAGAGAGAGAGAGAGAGAGAGAGAGAGAGAGAGAUGCAGCAAGUACAACGAAAAGGGGCGAAAAUUCCAACGGGAUGUCAAUUUUUCUUAAAGCAAAAAUGUGAAAGUUAGCGCCAAGCUAAUGUAUCAGAACGAACCAAGCAAAGACAAUAUAAUA